UCAAUUUCAAAAUUAUUUUCCAAACAUAUAUAAUCUUCCAAAAUAAUUUUUUUAAUAAUUCGUAACAAAUUUAUAAAUUUUGUAAUAAAAAGUAUCCUAAGUUCAUUCUGACACCUCUAAGAGUAUAUGUACAAAAUUUCAUGAUGAUCUGUUAAGUAGUUUUUGCGUGAAAGCUUAACAAACAAACGGACUUUCGCAUUUAUAAUAUUAGUAUAGAAGUAUAGAUAAAACUUUUUAAAACUAAGCUAUCGAGUACACCUGAGUAUUCUCAAAGGUUAAUGCAACAAGCCCAAAAUACACACUGUAUCGUGAUUUUCGGUUUUCCCCCUGACCUCAAAUUAUUUAGGUUGGUCAAAAUGUGUGAUAUUUUAACGAAAUUAAGUGAACAAGUAUUAUUAAAAAUUAUAAAAUUAUAUUAAAGGUUUAGCGUUGAAUAUUAAUGGAGUUGAUUCAGACUUUGGUAUCAACCUCAUAUCCCUAAUAUAAUAAAUUACGGUCCUCUGGUUGAUCUUUUCCACAUCAACUCAAUAUAUUAAAUUUAGCGUCUCGGUUGAGUUUACAUUAAAUAUAUCACAUUUGAAGAUGAUUUUAAUAUAAUUUUAGCUAACGCGCAGUAAAAUAUAACAUGAAAACUAAGUUCUAUGACCUAUAAUGUAACAUAAUAAAAUACCAAAUUUUAAAUUUAAGCAUUUCUCUUGAUGAGUUCUGGCGAAGAUCAAUUGUUUUGAAAACUUUUUUUUUUUUAGAAAGGAGUGGUUUCUAGCAAGUCUACAGGAUAUUUUUAAGCCCAAUUAUUUAUACAGCAGCAUCCGCAUGCCGUUUUAUGUUGUCUAGACUUCCGAAUCCUGCCUUUGACCAAUACAUGGGGAUUCUCCACACAUAAUUUGAUGACGUUGUUUACUUUGUUACAAGAAUUUCGCAUUAGUUUAGCAAUUUCGGCCACUUUUUUCAGUUUUUCAUAUAUUUUCCAAAUUAGUCUCCUUCUAUUGUGGUAUGUUUACCAGAUCCCAUUUCAUGUGAUUUGUUACGUUAAAAUACCUUUAAUUACUUAUUUUUUAAUAACACAAUGAAUGUUAUUAUAUUAAAAUAUACGCGAGGAAUCUGUGCCAUUUAUGUGUCCACUUAAAAUCAGCAUUGAGUACGCAUCAUUGAUAACGGUAAAGAAAAAACAAAACAUAACGGAAUAUUUGAGCAGUACAGUACAACUCUGGUACAGCAGCACAAAAUUGAAUGCAAAAUUUUUACAUAUUAAUCAAAUUCCAAAUUUAGCAAUUAUAUGAAAUUAGACUUGGUGCCAUUUAAGUCUCCAUAGCUGUGUAUUGCAUAUGCACGUAUAUAAUACAUACAUAUAUACUAUUAUAUACCAUCAGAUGUGUCAACAAAAUUAAGCAAAAAUAUUUCGGAUAGUAUUAUAUUGGUGAUCUAUUUAGAAAUCAGUGUUUCAGUUGAUGAAACUUGGAGCACGGGUUCUUUGACAGUAUGAGAAUUGCGAGAGUACAAUUACUUGGAAAAUUUAAAAAGAAUUAGGCGGAGAUCGGUGAUAACUCAAAAAAAAUAUAUAGGGUAUUCACAAGUUGCCAGAUUGUGUCAUAUCGUCGUAUUGUCUUAUUUUCUUAUGACUGUCAUAUCAACACUGUUGUUGUUUCCCAUACAAAAUUGAAAUACGACAAAUACAACACGGUGAGGUAUGUUUUUUGAGUGUGCUAUUCUAUCAGCGUAUCUGUUUACUUUAUUUUAUUGUUGAUGUUUAGGUGUCUAAAAUGAAUAAAAUAAAUAAAUUUCAUCAAUUUUUUUAAUAAUAUGGAAGGAAUCCACGAUAUUCAGGUAAAUUAAGUUGAAGAAAGUGAAAUAUAAAAAUAUUUUGUUGUUUCUGUGGUUGCAGUGUGAACCAAAAUGCUGCCGUUUCAACAUUAAAAAGCUUUAAUUUUAUUUUUGUCACUUUCCCGUGGCAUUUUUGUAUUCUUAAUUUUUCACUACCAGCUGGUGAAGUGUAGAAAUAUUACAUUUUAUGACAUACAACAAUUAAGGGGUGCUUACAAGGGUCGUAUUUUUUAAGCUAUUGAAAUACAACCAAGAGAUAAGACGAAGCUUGUAAAUUACCUAAUAGUAUUUAGAAAAUUAAUAGGCACAGUCAUACAAUAUCCCCAAAUUACUCCCUUUUAAGAUUGCAACAGCAUCGAAUUAAAUUGGCAACUAAUUAUUUAUUACGACUUAAAAAUAGUAAGUUAGGCUAAAUAUUAAAUUUUAAAACUUAUCAUUAAACAAGAACAACUUAUCAUUAAACAAGAACAAGUAAUAUUACAUUUUAAAACAUAUCAUUAAACAAGAGCAAGAUAAUAAAGUUUAAGUUUUUUGUUAUUAUUUAUGACUACCGCUAAUACCUGUGACAGAUAUAUGGUAACAGUACUAUACUACGAACGAAUACCAGAUAUGUAUCACCAAAUACCAGAACUUUACCAUGAAAGCAAUGUAGUAUUUUCCUGGUAACAAUUUCAUUGUAGUAUUUUAAGAAACACAGCUAAAAAAGUUAAGGAACUUAGAUAAAAUUUUUUAAACAAAAGCUCUUCAAAAUAUUCUGUCAAAAUGCCUUAAAAAAUUAGUUAAUAAAACGGAAAACAAAAUAUUUUUCACACUUUUUUUUUGAAAUACAUGGACUGCCUUAUUUAUGGCGACUUUUUAGGCACACUUUAACCAAUUCUGUUUCUUGUGAAGAAAAUACACCCGUUUGAAUUAUUUGAAAUAAUAUUACUCACUUUAUCCAUUACGCAUAUGUACAUCUUUAUUGUUGACUUUUUUUUGACAUAUGUGUCUAUUUUUUAUGAUACAAAUAUUGGUAUUUGGGUUUACUACAUUUCGAUAUGGGACAUCUACGGUAGUACACAAAAUACCAUAAUAUUUGUAUUAUGGUAUUGUUACCACAUGUGUGUCACAUUCAUAAGCAUCCGUUCAUUCUCUUUGUUUUUUCCCAUGUGUUCAUUAUGACAUUCUUUUAUUUUCAGAGAAGUUCACACCAGAAUACUUUAUGGUAUUAUUUAGGGAAUUAAAAAGGGUAGUACUACUUUCUGAUUUUGAUGUCAUUUAUAACUUUUGCAAGCAUUCUCGAACUCCAUCUACGGAAAAUGUUUUCAACAUUUUGCUCAAAAACUUCUUUACCCCUAACAUCUUUUUAAAAAGGACAUGUUAUCAUAUUUUGCAAGAAUUAACUCAUGCCUACGUUGUUGACGACAUUAAGAAGGUUCCCACAUUAAGUGACGACUUGAGUCAUGGAGGAAAAACUCAGCAUUAUUUAAAGUUAUUUGAAGGGGUUUUAAUAUCUCAACUUAUUUUUGUUAAUAAGUAUAUAUCAGAUUUCAGUUUCAAAAUAUCUGAAAUAGAUGCAUUCGAACCUAUUGACGUUGAAAUGGGAUUUAGCUAUUUCUUGAUGUGGGACUGCAUAAUACACACCUGUGUCAAAUCUCCACUCAAUAUACGGAAUAUUUAUACUUCCUGGCUUUAUGAGAAUAAAUUUUUCGAGAAAUUUUUGCAUUUUGUUAUACGAGCGAUGCCAGUAGAAGUUUUAAAAAACCAUGACAGUAAAUUUCUAUCGUGUGAAAUUUUCAACCGUCUGUCCCGGAAACAACUUAAUGAUGAAAACUUAACUCUUCAAAGGUAUGCUUGUCAUUUAUAUAUAGAAGUUUUGAAAAGACUACCAGCAGUAGUUCGGAAGUGGUGGAGUGUUUCCCCAUCCCGCCAAAAAGCUUUUGUAGAUAAAUUGACUAUUAAUUAUAUUUCACCUUUAAUCUGCGAAGAGGAGUUAAAAGCAAUAGGUGCUACUAAAGAAAGGCAUGAAAAUAUGCAAGUGUCUGUCCAUUACUCAACAAGAGAAGUUAUAGCCACCUAUUUUAUUGAUGAUGUACGAACGGAACUUACGAUUACGCUUCCAUCUAAUUAUCCAUUAGGCCCGAUUAAAGUUGAUUGCGGGAAAAGUAUUGGGGGGCGCUUAUCAUCACGCACCGAUGGCAUGCAGCUAGCAUUAUUCUUAAUGCAUCAGAACGGAACAAUAAUAGAUGGAUUAGCGCUGUGGAAGAAUAACUUGGAUAAAAAGUUCGAAGGUGUAGAAGAGUGUUACGUGUGUUAUACCGUUAUUAAUCAAGAUACCUAUCAGUUACCGAAACUCACAUGCAAAACUUGCAAAAAGAAAUUUCAUGGUUCGUGUUUGUACAAAUGGUUUACAACCAGCAGUAAAUCAACAUGCCCAAUCUGUCGAAAUGUUUUCUAGUGAUAGAAAUGAGUCGACUAUUAAAAAAAAAAAACAAGCAAUUCAUGAAGAGGGGCGGAUGUUGUUCAUUCCAAGGCUGCUUACAAAUAAAAUUAAUGGAAACUAUACCUAUAUGUACUAAUAAAUAUUCAUAAUGAUAUAAACACUGUAUAUGUAUAUCUAUGGAACUGACUAUCGGUUGUUUAUUCAAAGCACAACCCCUAUACCUUCAAAACUGUUUUGUAAAAAUAUAUAUUUAUUAUAAUACAUUUUA